CCGUUUACGUCAGUGCGUUUGAACCAUUUACGGCAGUGGGGUAGCUUGUAUUCAAAGAAAGCAAAAGACCCACUGUGAAGAGAGAGUUGUGUUUUGUAUUUUCUUGUAUGUGGUUAUCGCAUAUUUAAACAUAAGUCGAAUUCAAGUAGAACGAAACACUGACUGUGGGUUUUUGAUCAUUAUUGCUGAGUACUCGAACAAACGUGAAACUGAAACAAACUGAAAAAGCAGCAAAGCUGCGAAAGCUAAACCAAAAAGCUAGCUAGCUAAUUGAGGGAGAAUCAGUAGUCGAACGGGUUCAAGCGACCCCAGGCGCAAUGCUGUUGAACGUAUUUUGCGAACCGAGAGACAGCUCGGAAACAACAUUUGCCCUCGAGGUGUCCCCGGAUCUUGAACUUAGGGACUUCGUGGCUCUCUGCGAAAUAGAGUCGGGAAUACCGGCGGGUGAGAUCCAGGUCUCUUAUGCAGAGCAGCCCUUAAGAGACCCCACCCGCUCCUUGGGGACUUAUGGGCUAAAGGAUGGAGAUGUGGUGAUGCUCAAACAGGCAGAGAGACGGCCUCCGGCUCAGUCUGCUUUCCCAGGUCUUCCUCGAAUCGACUUCAGCAACAUUGCAGUCCCAGGCACUUCCAGAAGCCAAUCAGCUCCAAAGCCUCCACAGUCCGCACAGACACCCCCAAACACACGCCAACAACCCUCUGGCCCUGCUCCUGCUGCUGCUACGGGCAGCACCGCUUCCUCUCCUCAGGGAUUGGACGACCCUUUGCUGCUCAGAGAAAUGCUGCUCGCUAAUCCACAUGAGCUGUCUCUGCUGAAGGAGAGGAACCCUCCACUAGCUGAUGCUCUGCUGAGUGGAGACCUGGAGCGUUUCACUAAGGUCCUGCAGGAGCAACAACAGGACCGGGCACGCAGGGAACAGGAAAGGAUCCGACUGCUCACAGCUGAUCCGUUUGACCUGGACGCUCAGGCCAAAAUAGCGGAGGAUAUCAGACAGCACAACAUUGAGGAAAACAUGACAAUUGCUAUGGAAGAGGCACCUGAGAGCUUUGGUCAGGUGGUCAUGCUGUACAUCAACUGCAAAGUAAAUGGACACCCUGUCAAGGCCUUUGUGGAUUCAGGUGCUCAGAUGACCAUAAUGAGCCAGGCAUGUGCAGAGCGCUGCAACAUCAUGCGACUGGUGGACAGACGCUGGGCUGGCAUUGCCAAGGGUGUGGGCACGCAGAAGAUCAUUGGCAGAGUGCACUUAGCUCAGGUGCAGAUUGAAGGUGACUUCCUGCCCUGUUCCUUCUCCCUUCUUGAGGACCAGCCCAUGGAUAUGUUACUGGGACUGGACAUGCUGAAGAGACACCAGUGUGCCAUUGACCUGAAGAAGAGCCUGCUUCUGAUUGGCACCACCGGCUCAGAGACUCGCUUCUUACCUGAGGGCGAGCUACCUGAGUGUGCCCGGCUGGCCUAUGGCCCAGAAACCCGUGAGGAGCCCAGAGCUGAAGAGAUAGCUGACCGCGAGCUGGCCGAGGCCAUCGAGAGAUCAGUGCAGGAGAGCGGACAGCACUGAUGCAUUUGUGGAGACAGCUGGAGAGGGCCCUUCCUAUCAGUAGACACUGAAGAUGGACAAACUACCUCAUCUCGAUCAGCGCCAAAACUCUCUGACAAACCAUUCAACAAUGCCCCUACCCCCUCUCCCUCCUCCUCCACCUCCACCUCAGAGGGCCAGACUCGGAUACUGGACCGCUCACAGU